AUGUCCCUGGUCGUAGCUAAGUUUUCAAAAUUCGGUAACGGAAAGGCUGCUCUGGAGGUUUUUGACAAGUUUGGUGAUUUUGGCAUUGUAGCAAAUGGCGAUACAUAUUAUCUCACCAUUGACGCACUUUGUAGGCGCUUUAUGUUUGAUUCUGCUUGGUCUGUUUGUCAGAAGAUGAUCGAUGCACAAGUUUUGCCUGAUGGAGACAAAGUUGGUGAGAUUAUAUCUUGGCUUUGUAAACGUGGUAAGGCUAAAGAUGCCCAUUUGCUUUAUACAUUAGUUAUGGUAAGGGAACAAUAUCCAACUUGUAGUUCAGCUGCUCUUUUGAUUGGUUCACUGUCUAGGGAGGAUCAAACUGUGAAGUUAGCUCUGGAAAUGUUAGAUGAUUUUCAUGAAGAAGCACAGAUAUAUGCUAUAAAGCCGACUUCCGCUGUAAUUAUUGGUCUGUGCAGAAUGAAAGAUGUUGAAGAAGCCAAAAAUUUGCUUCUUAAGAUGAUAAGGGAGGGUCCGCGCCUCCUGGAAAUGCUCUUGUCAAUUUGGUCAUCAGUAGCUAUGCUAAAGCUGGGGAUUAGGAAAAGAGGCCUAACUGGUUUUACCGGCGCUUGGAAUGGAAAGUGUUAUGGGGAUGUGAAGGCUGGGGAGGAUUAG